UUCAGUGAAGUCAUGGUGUUGUAUCUCAUGGCCUUUGUGGGCUUGUUCUAUCUUGUGUGCUGGUACUGGGAGAGGCAGGUGAUGAGCCCCUUCCAUGACAAUUAUGUCUUCAUCAUGGGCUGUGACUGGGGCUUAGGGAACCUGCUGGCCAGUCAGCAGGACAUGCGAGGCAUGAGGGUAAUGACCGCGUGUCUCACGGAAGAAGGGGCCGAGCAGCUGAGGAAGCAGACAGCACAGCUGGAGACAGUGAUCCUGGAUGUCACCCAGACAGAGAGCAUUGCUGCAGCUGCCCAGUGGGUGAAGGAGUGCGUGGGGGACAGAGGACUCUGGGGCCUGGUGAAUAAUGCCGGCACCUCCUUACAUAUUGCUCCCAAUGAAUGGCUGAACAAGCAGGACUUCAUGAACAUGCUCAGUGUGAACCUGUUGGGGGUGAUCGAGGUGACUUUGAGCCUGCUGUCUUUAGUGCAGAAGGCACAAGGCCGUGUGGUCAAUGUCUCCAGUGUCAUGGGCUGGUUGUCAUUCUAUGAUGGUGGCUACUGCAUCUCCAAGUAUGGGGUGGAAUCCUUUUCCUACAUUCUCAGGUGGUCAUUUGUUCGGAGCCACCAUUCCAUGUGUUGUGCAGAGCAAAGGCCUGAGUUCAGUUAA